UAAAAUUUUAUCUAAAACAGUUCCAAAAGGUGAUUGGUACUGCCCUAUAAAUACUUGAAGAACGUAGCAUUGCUCAAUAUCUUUCUAUAAUUAGCAUAAACAUUCAUAUAUGGCUUCCAACUUCAGCUUCAAGAGGGAACUUAACCAGGUAUUAUUCGAAGGAGAUUCACAUUUCAAAAAGGUGAUAUUGAAUAGACCCAGAAAAUUAAAUAUUCUCAGUUAUGAAAUGAUUUCUCAAAUGUUAACAAACCUAAGAGCUUUUGAGAUGGAUCCUACUAUCAAAUUUAUAAUUUUAAAGGGAAAUGGAAAUGCUUUUUGUGCGGGUGGUGAUGUUGUUUCAAUUUGUACUUCCAUGGUUGCUGGACAUUGGAGCUUUGGAGCAAGAUUUUAUGAGAAACAGUUUAACCUGGACUACUUACUUGCUACUUAUAAAAAACCUUUGAUUCCACUGAUAGAUGGUAUUGUAAUGGGUGGUGGUGCUGGAUUGACUAUGCAUGGAAGGUUUAGGAUUGUCACUGAGAAAGCUGUAUUUGCAAUGCCAGAAGUUCAUAUAGGACUUUUUCCUGACCUAGGGGCGUCACAUUUUCUUUCUAGGCUUCCUGGGUAUUUUGGGGAAUAUUUAGGACUGACUGGAGCAGGAGUUGAUGGAGCAGAAAUGCUUGCUUGUGGUUUGGCAACACAUUUUGUUUUCUCUAAAGAUUUGCUUAAUUUGGAAAAUACACUCCAAACACAAACAUCCUUAGAGAUAGCAAUGAUUUGCAAAAUUAUUGAACAGUUUGCACAAAAUCCAAAGAUAAAAGAAGAUUGCGCUUAUAACAGAUCGGAGAUUAUUAACAAAUGUUUCUCAAAAGAUACAGUUGAAGAGAUCUUAUUAGCACUUGAAAACGAGGUCAAAUUGAAAAAUAAAGCAGAAAAUUGGAUUAUAAAGGCAAUUAAUUCUAUGAAAUUAGCUAGUCCAACAAGCCUUAAAAUUACUCUAAAAUCGAUUAGAGAGGGACGACAACAAACUCUAAAACAAUGUUUUAUUCGUGAAUAUACAAUUUCUUGUAACAUUUUGCGAGGAACUGUUAGUAGAGAUCUUCUAAAGGGUUCAAGAGCUAUGUUUUUUGAUAAAGAUAAAAAACCAAAGUGGGAACCUCGAAAACUGGAGUUAGUGAGCAAGGACAUGGUGGAUCGCUGUUUCAGUGCAAUUGAUGAGGAUGAUUGGGAAUAUCUACAACUUCCAUCAAGGUUUGAUGCAGUGGAAAAAAUAUUGCAGCCUAGACUUUGAAGUUUGAAUGUUAUGUACCGUUAAAUAUUAAAAAUUAAUAACUACUCUAUAAAUUAUUAUUCCAUAGCUUAAUAUAGAUACGAUAUAUUAUUAAUUACAUUGAGGCCUUUGGUUUGAAAGAAACAAUAGGUUCUUCAAUGUAUCUGUUUGUAUUGACACUUCUAUGAUAAUUAUUUCUUGUUCGAACAGCA